AUGUGGCGGGUCAGUCAACGAUAUUUGCUGUUGUUGACUUUGCUCGCGGCAUGUUUGUGCUGCGUGAAUCUUGUAUUGACUGUUUGGAGAAGUGAUUCUGUGAGGGGAGCGUUUGGCCACGAGUCUUUCUUGUCGUCCCCGGCCGACGCUAUUUCGUUCACCGCGAUACAGCCACAGCCAGUCGAUGACCUGCUCGUGCAACAGGGCGACCGUAUUUAUCUGCGAGGAGACUGGGACGGCGCUCCAAUCGUACUUGAAGAGUAUAAGCUUAUUUUCUUUACAACGGCGAAGGUUGGUUGUACCGUGUGGAAGCAGCUGUUUCGUCGGAUGAUGAAAAUUUCUGACUGGAAUGUGCAUAAUACAGCACGUCUUAUCCCUUGGAAUCCGGAGUUGAAUGGACUCAAAUAUCUGUAUGAUUACAAUCGCACCGUAGCAUCGUAUAUGAUGAUAGCCAACGACUGGACCCGUGCCAUUUUUGUACGAGACCCAAAGGAACGCUUCUUAUCGGCAUAUCUCGACAAAGUCGUGGACAACAAAGAUUUUUUCAGAAAGCAAUGUUGCUUGUUCACGGGUGCUUGCGUGGCACCUGCUAGAGAAUCACUGCAAGGAUUUUUUGAUGCGGUGCAAACCUGUGAGGAUGCUCACUGGAAGCCGCAACACCGACGGAUGGAGUCAAAAUACUGGCGCUACGUCAAUUUCGUGGGGCAUAUGGAGACAACAUCACAAGAUGCUGAACAUCUGUUGAAGAUGAUUGGCGCCUGGAAGCUAUAUGGCCAAAGUGGCUGGGGCCGCUCCGGAAAUCUGUCGAUUUUCAAAACUUCUGCAGGUGGUGCAGGAAGGGAACACGCCACCAAUGCCAAAGAACGCUUUGCUGCGUUUUAUACGCCUUCGCUCGAGCGUCAAGUGGAACUAUACUACUCCGGCGACUAUGCAAACUCAGUCAUGAAUCUAACUACAAAACGAUUCUUGAUUUGA